AUGCCUGUCUGUGUUUCUGUCUCUGUGCCUGUCUGUGUUCCUGUCUCUGUUUGUGUCCCUGUCACCCGGGGCCGGGACAGCGGCCCCCGCCCGGCCUCAGCUCCGCCCGCCUCAGGACGCGGCCUAGGGGGACAUUGUGGGUUCAGCAGCCCCGCUGAUUUCUGCCAGCACUCCCUCAGCGCGGCUCGCUGCCCGGUCACUUCUGUGGGGCGGGUGGUGCCUUUUCACUUGGAGAACGACUCCCUAAAUCGCAGCGUGCGGCGCUGGCCCCUCGCCGCCCGCGGAGCCGCUCGUGCCAGCGCCCCUCAGAAAGUUUGCGGCGUUCUGCCCCAGUGCUGUGUCCGUCCGUGCCUUGGCGGCUCCAGGAGAGGCGAUCCGGGCUGCACCUGCGCUGUGCCAGCGGCUCCCACAGCCCAGGGGCAGCCCCGCGGGCGGAGGGCGUGCGGGGCCGGGGCAGCGGCAGGGGCCAGGCCCCGGGCGGACGGGCUCCUGCCCGACCUCUUCCGCGGGACACUGGCUGCGAGGGGAGUGAGGAGAGCCUUGGGUCGCUGCUGGGACGGAGGAGUUUGUUUGUCUGUGUGUGUGUUUAUGUUUGUGUAUGUAUGUGGCGAGGCGCCCCGGCCAGCGAGGGGGGCAGCGAGGCCAAAGCGCUGCCCCGGGGCGAGCGCCGCCAGCCCGGACCUGCCGGUGUCAGGAGUGGAAGCGGCGGCUCUGCGGUCCCGCGCUGCAGCAGAAUGCUAUACAGCCAAUGGGGCUGACUAUCGUGGCACUCAGAACCAGACCUCCCAGUAUGCAGGGAAACCUUGUCUUUUUUGGAAUGAGACCUUUGAGCAUCCCUAUAAUACUGUGAAAUAUCCCAAUGGGGAGGGAGGGCUUGGAGAGCAUAACUACUGCAGAAACCCCGAUGGGGAUGUCAGCCCCUGGUGCUACAUUGCAGAGCAUGAGGAUGGAAUAUACUGGAAAUACUGUGAGAUCCCAUCCUGCCGAAUGCCAGGAAAUCUGGGCUGUUACAAGGACCAUGGAGAGCCACCACCUUUGACUGGCACCAGUGAAACCUCCAACAAACUCACAAUCCAAACGUGCAUCAGCUCCUGCAGAAGUCAACAGUUUAAGUUUGCAGGCAUGGAAUCAGGUUAUGCAUGUUUCUGUGGAAAUAAUCCUGACUACUGGAGAUAUGGGGAGGCAGCCAGUACAGAAUGCAACAGUGUUUGCUUUGGAGACCACACUCAGCCCUGUGGUGGGGAUGGCAGAGUCAUUCUUUUUGACACCCUUAUAGGUGCCUGUGGAGGGAAUUACACUUCUGCUACAGCUGUGAUCUAUUCCCCAGAUUUUCCUGACACAUAUGGCACAGGCAAAGUCUGUUAUUGGACCAUACAAGUUCCAGGAGCAUCUCAAAUCCACUUCAACUUUGUCCUUUUUGAAAUCAAAGAUGCUACAGAUAUGGUGGAAUUGCUGGAUGGUUACACCUAUCACGUUCUAGCUCGUUUCAAUGGCAAGAACCGGCCUCCCCACACCUUUAACAUCUCUUUGGAUUUUGUCAUUUUGUACUUUUUCUCAGAUGACAUCAAUCAAGCCCAGGGAUUUGCUAUCAGGUAUAGAGCUGUGAAGGACAAUGUGCAUCAAAACAAGAUCCCAGUGAAUCACACCCUUUCAGAGAGGAUAAAUGAACAAACAAAUCUCAGCAUCAAUGCAGCCCGGUCAUCAAAGAUACUCUAUGUCAUCACAACCAGCCCAAGCCAUCCAACUAGCUCCAUGCCUGAAUGGACAAUAUACAGUCUCACAGCACUGCUCAUCCUAAGUGUUACAGCCAUAAUAGCAAAGAUUCUUCUGCACAUUACCAUGAGGUCCCACCAGAUUCCAGCUGCAGCUGAAACAGAAGAUUGCAGUGAUGUCACUACUGCUGGUGAGAUCUGGAGUAUAUUUUACCAACCAUCCACAUCAAUAUCCAUCUUCAAGAAAAAGCUUCGAAAUCAACAAGAUGAUUGCAACCCACUGGUGGGAAACUGAAGUGUCUUUUAUUCUUCAAGAAUGGAUCUUAAAAUCCAGGUGACUUGAGAUUAGUCUUCCUUUUUUUUCCUCUCAAUCUCAUACCUGUUUUCCAAAAAGUCCAUUUCCAAAGGCUUUUGAGUGACUUUGCCUAUCUGCUGCUCUCUUGGAUAUACCAGUGACAACAGAUUGAACUGCAGCAAUAAUUCUGAAAUAUCUGGUGCUCCUCAAGUCUGUAGUGCUGUUAAUUACUGCCUUGAAACCAUUGCACUUAAAAUAGGUGUAAAAACUCAUAAAAUUCAAAACAUCCUGUACCCCUGCCAAAGGCAACUGAAGGGGUAUCUAGAGGAUGAGGAUUUCUUGUGUCCCACUUGCCUGUACCACUGUAUUUUAUCAGGCUGCUUUAGUCCUUUUACUCUCAAGGCUGAAGACAGAGGUGGGUACUGAUAACCUGUUCAGCUACCACAGCAAACAGAGCUUACCUGCCUUGAUGUAACCACAUCUAAAUGGUACUAUACAGCAGAAUGGGAAUCAAAGACUGGAAAAAUUAUCAGCCUGGUUGCUCAGUGCUGUGCUCUUUCUGCAUUUCCUGUUUCUUGUGUCUUCAAGCAGAGAUGCAAACAUAAAAAAUCAAAUUCAGGACACCUCUAAAACAAGAUUCAGCUACAAAUGUGCAUUUUGAUUAACUAGUGCUCACCAGGUCAAGGCCUGCAUGAGCAUUGAAACCUUUUAAAUUACUCUGUCUGACCCAUCAUUCACUGAUGUUUAUGAUAAUUUUGUUCAUACUCACAGUGAUCCUUUAAAAAAAUUAUUGUACUCCAUACCCAGCAUUUAUCCUGGGUAUAAGCUUAGGGCUUCUUAAAGGAUUGUCCAAAGAUAUCAUAAUCCACUGAAUUUUUAUCAGUGAGGCUGUCUAACAGAUUUUUACUCUGAAGUCACAUGUAUUAAUCUCAGCUGCCCAAACUAUUUACAAAGUUGUAGGUUGCUGUCACCAACUCACCUGGGCCAGGCUGUGCAGCUGAACAUGCAUGGAACAGCUGCCUUGAGACUUAGCUGUGAGAAGUGUCUCCUUGCUUGCAACACUAAAACUGAACUGAAUUUUUAAGAUAAUUGCCUUAAUUAUCAAAGAACUAAGACAUCAGUGGGGUUCUGAUCUGUGAACUAUUUUCUCUUAUUGCAACAGACAGCAUUAACUUCUUCUCUUUGGUAGACUGACUGUCCAUCCACAAUACUCAGAUUUCUCAUCCCACCACCACAAGUAGGAAACAAGUGAUUCCAAGGGAUCAGCAGUGAGUCUCAGCAAGCUCAGAGCAGCAAGAUAUUUAGGAAAAGCUGUCAAUGCAAAUGUCAGAUAAAUUGACUGGCCAAGUUUACAGUGGGCAGCUCCUCAGUUGGAGGAGAUUCACUAAAAACCAGUAAACUGCAGUAAUUCUGGUUAAGCUUGAACAUACACCAGUGGUCUGCAUAUUCCAGAUGUGCAGUCAGAGAACAUCUAUUAACUGCAUCUGUAAAAGGUAAUUGAGAAAAGCAAGAAAAUUGUCACAGUUUAAAUUCUUUCUAUCUGCCCUUACAUUUUUUAACAUGUAACUUCCUCCUUUUUGUGAGAACUACAAAUUUCAUUGGAAAAACAGGGCAUCAAAGAAUUAAGCAGUGAAAUAUUGUGCCUUACCACUGCAGAUCUGGUCUUUUACCUGAAAUGAAUUCAGUCCAGCUCGAUUUAUGCACCACAGAUGAGUGCUAGAACAGCUGAACAAUAUCACAAUGCAUGCUUAAAAGAAACCAGACUUUACUAAGCCAGUAAUUAUGGAAUUGUUUAUAUAAAAAAAUGGAAUAGCAUGGGAACAUCUAGUACUUCUUGCAUGAGCUGCUGGAAAGAAUACAGGAAAAUAUAACUACAGUAUUAGCUAAAAUGAAGACAGAACAAGUUGUAAAAAAUAUGCUGAUUCUCUCUUAUGUGUCAUCAUGUUGGACCAAAAUCCAUUGUCUGUUUCAGACCCAAUGAAAGUUCUGAAAUUGCCUUUUUUAAAAGUAAGGUUUGCAUCAUUACUGUGGAGAAAGAGUUCACCUCAGAGAUUCACAGCAAAACAAAAGUAAGUUGGUUCCUAAGCAUUCUUAAUUUGGUGCACUAAUAGGAAAGCAGGCAGAGAGAAUCCCAGUGUGGUGCCAGAUCCUCAGGAGCUGUUAUAAGCACACAGUGCUUAUCACAGAGGGAUGAAGCUUUGCCUGUCUUAUCAAAUGCAAGUUAAACAUUUUGUCAGAGAGACAUUCAUAAAGCAGUUACUUAAUGGUGACAAACUGAAAAAACAUCAGGAAUACCCAGUGGCUGAUUUACACCUACUGCAGAAAAAAAAAAAAAAACAGAAUGUUACACUUCUCUUCCUUAGUGAAGAAUUUAAUUUCACUGUAAUAUUAGAGAAAAUAUUAUUACAAACAGCAGCAAAGACUGACAUUAAUGCAAAAUCUAGGGAAUUCAAGAAGUGAGAUUUUUGCAUUGUUCCCUUAGUUCCUCAAAUAUUUUUUCUAAAAAAUUUUAUUUCAUGGGACUUGCAUGGGGAACAUUAAUCAAAUUUAUGUACAAAAGUCCCAUAAAACCAGCACUUACAGCAGAUGAACUGGUCAUGGCAACAAUAAACAUGAGUAUAUUAGACAGUGCAUGGGUAAUACACUGAAAAAAGCAUAGAAAUUAUACUCCCCCCAACCAAAUCUUUCAGAGUGGCUCUAUUUCCUUUCUAGUGCUAGCAAACAGAGUAAUGGAUGGAAUUUCAUGGACAGGGUCCCUUAAAUAGCACUUAUUACUUUACAGGUUUGAGACCAUGAAGAGCAGGUAGCUCUCAGUGUGGGUUUUUCCAAAAUGUGAUGGGGUCACUUACACUCCUAGUGCAGGCACUUCAGGUGAUUUAUGGCCAAGACAUGUGGUAUGCAUUAAUGUAGAAUGAUUUGUAAGGGUUUGGGGGAAGAAGAAGCAAAAAGUGUGACCAUGCACAACUGUUGUAAUCCCACAAAAAAAUGCUCCUACUACACAGCCAGCUGAGAGCUGGCAGCUGGAGAGCAGGGACACCUCAGGAUGUUGGUGUUUACACCAUUCUCUUUGACAAACUGAAAAUAACUGCAGAAGAAUUUGUUUGGAAUUGUAUCUGAACAGCCUUCUGAGCUCCUGCCUAGCAGUCCCCUCAAGAGGCUGGACAGGCUGCAAAUGUGACACUGGCUAAAAUAUCAAAAGCAACGUUUUGACAACCAAAUCAUCAUGAGGAGCUGCCUCCUCAUUCACAUGGGAUUCAGCUCCUGCUCUGGCCCCCUGCUUACUCUUGUGUUGGUGUGACCAGCUGUGUAGUGGUGCAAUAAACUGAUCAGGUCAAAAAUUGCCAUGGCUUUUUCUUCCCUGAGUUACUUUUUACAGAGCUGAGCUCUCUGACCUUGCUCACGGGGUGGUUGCACAGGGAGCUGAGCUAAGAGCUCCCUGAGUCCACAGCAAAGCAGACACAAAGCCAUAGGACAAGGACAGAUGUGUGUCCCAGGAGCUGAACUUCUGCUGGAACUGCCACAGCAGGGAUUUGUGAGCCUGCUGCCUUCACACAGCACCCCAGUUCCAGCACCUACACUGUGUGUGGAAAGGGGCCAGCUGGACAAGUGCCUUCCCUGAUUCAAAAUCUACAUUUAAAACCAGUUUAGUUUGUUGACUAUGUGAUUUUAUAUGUAUUUUUAUCUUAAUAUUGUUAUGUUGUGGGAAAAUAGAGACUUUGUUAUGUAAAAAUGUGUGAUGUGUUAUAGUAAUAUAUAUUUGUAUAUGUAUAGGAAAUGCAUUAUUUAAUACAGCAUAUUAUGCUUGUAUCUUGCUAACAUUCUAUAGGAAGAAAAGAUGUUAGUUUACACUCUGGGAAAAAUAAAUUUUCUAUACACUGUAACCAUAGGAAAAAAAAAUAAAAUAUACUUCUUUGGUAUAUAUGAUAGAAAGACAUUGAGAAUAGGGGAACUCAGCCUCAGUUUUGUGACAGAAUAGAUGCUGAUAAAACAAUUGCUGUAAGAAACACUCUUCUCCUUUGAAUCUCAUUUCAAUCCUGUAAUUAUAUUAGGCUGUUGAUCAGAUUCUGCAAAUUCAUGUGCAUAUACUCUCUGGAUGAUUUUUACCAUCAAACAUGUAAUCUGUUUUUUCAAUCAAGCAUUAACAUAAUCUUCUUUAGGACUUGUUUCUAGCAGAUUUUUUACAGCCAGGACAAUGCUGAGGAAGUUUAUCACAUUGCUCCUACAGACAAUCCAGUGGGAUUGCAAAAUUAAAUGUUAUGUAUUCCAAGCCCCCCUGGCAAUAGUAUAUUUAGGAGAUUUUUAUGGAUAGUCCUGGAAACUGCACUGAAACAAACACAUCAGCAGACACAUGGCUGCCACUGAGUGAGCAUAAGGAGCUAUUCCACUUUCAUCUUCUGCUUAAUAAGCCUUCUCAGGCAGUGGGAAGGAACAGAUUUUUCUAGUGCACCACUUUGCCUAAAGGAAGGGUGAAUUACAAAAACAACUCUUGACAAAAACUUGUCCAACUAGUUCUUACUGCCUUAAAGCAGUAUUUCACAAUCUUCCAAUGAAAUACAGUUCACUGAUAGUUUCACCUGAAUAUUGUUCUGGACAUUUAUGAACAAUUCUGCUGCCUUGAGAGUGAAAAAUACAAUUGCCUUCAGACCAUACCAGUUUUUUUGUAACAACACGUCCCCCCUACACACACAUUUCAUGCCACUCAGACUCUCUCAGAUUUACUGAGCACCUGUGCUUUGGGAUGAAAUUUGGCAUCAUGAACUUCAGUCUCAAGACAUUUUGCUACAAAUCCAAAAGCUAUCACAUGAACCACACAGGGCUGUCAAGAAACCAGAAUAAAUCAAACUGGAGAUGACUCGCUGCUGAAGUAUGCGCUGUGUUUAUAACUGUUCACCCUGCAUUCAGCAAAUGGUUGUAAAUAAUAAUUAUGAAAAAUAAAUACAGUGUAUUUGUGCAGGAGUUUAGGAUGACUAAAGAGUAUACAAACAUGAAAUAAAGGAGGUAGGAACUGCUGCAGAGUA